UACAAAAUCCUUCAUCAUAACUGAUUCUCUUAAUUCAAUCAGAACAUGGCAUAUAUAAAACCAAACAAGUCUAUCACGGUAUUCAUCUGCCUAAGUUACGAUCAUCUAGUUUUAUUUUAGCAACAAUUAUACUCUGCAGGUUGUAAGUUUUAUUUGGUCAUCAGAGGGACUAUCAAACAACUUUAUGUAUAUGACGGUUGGCACAGGAUGGCUGUAAAAAAAUUGCGGAUCAUAUUUUAUGGCUUAAAAAAAAAAAAACAAAAUAAAAUCAAAGACUUUAAUGUAAGUUAACAAAAAACGAGAAACAAAGCAAUCCAAUGUCUUCGAAGCAUUUCGAUUGUUACUUGGGAUAUGACGCUGCAUCACUAAACUGUCAAAGCGGUUUGUUUACCAUAUGUCUCAGGUUGGUUCAUCAUAUUUCAGAUAUACCAAAAUUGACCAGCUCUUAUUGCUGGUGUUAUGUAUUGUUAAACAGCAAAACGAAACGGUGAAUUUGUAAUAAUGAUUGAAAUUUACUUUCAAAAAGAAUAAAGUUUAAAUAAACAAAAUGAUGCAAGAGCCCAAUACAGAAGCUAUCAUCCCAUGCCCUAGUGUGAAGAUGAUUGUACUAUUUGGUGAACUUCGGGUGCAAUAAUCAGUGCUGUCCGUACAAUUAUUGAACAACUUGAUUAGCUGAAUCGGCUGCGUCAAUCGUUCAAAUGAACACCAUGAUGAUUGAUAACGACUGGCAGUAAUUCUGUUCUGUUAUUAUGUUGUUAUCAGCGGAGUACAUGGUGGAAGUCAGAUAGUUUUUUUUUCUACAGUGAUAAUUAAUUGCAGCUUUAAUCGCGACUGCAAUUUUUUCUAUAAAUACACCCCUGCUUCGAAGCUUUAUUGAACUCGGCCAUUCAAAGUUUAUCACCGUCUAGAAUAGUCAAUUAUGCUGUUGUGUUGUGUGAGAUAGUAGUUUCGUUAUUGGUCUCGAUAGUUGAACUCUUCAGUGCCUAAAAGAUUACCAAUGGAUACCACUGACGUAAAGAAACCUUUUUACACAAAACAAUAUAUAGCUGCAGUGAUUGCGACACUCGGUGCAUUCUCGAUUGGUACCAUUUUCGGUUGGAGCUCCCAGGCGGAGCCAAAAAUUUUGAAUAAUGGCGAAACCGAUUACAACAUCGAGCGGGAGGACUUUGCGUGGGCGGUGGCUUUAAUGGGUCUCGGCGGGGCGAUAAUAAGCAUUCCAGCCGGAUUGAUUGUAAAGCGGUUGGGGGCCCGGAAAACGUUAUUGUUGUUUGUUACUCCUACUACAGUUGGUUGGAUCCUCAUCGUCUGGUACAGAAAUGCCGCAAUGCUGCUGGUCGGACGACUUUUUACCGGAUUCGGAGCGGGUGCAUUCUGCAUGAUAGUACCGAUCUACAUAGGCGAAACGGCUUCGCCGGAGAUUCGUGGUACUGCGGGGUCGCUUUUUCAGCAGAUGAUUAACCUCGGCAUACUUUAUGCGUACUUCAUCGGAAUGGUGUCGGAGGUGUUUACUCUCAGCAUCUUGUGCGGCAUCGUGCCGAUCGUUUACGGUGCACUGUUUUUCUUCAUGCCGGAAACACCCACCUUUCUGGUAUUGCGUAAUAAUGACUCGCAAGCCGUUAGCUCUAUCAAGUGGCUCCGUGGAUCGCAUUUCGAUGCCGCCGCGGAAGUCGACGAAAUACGUAGCCAAAGUCAACUGGCGGGGAAGGCGGACCAGAAGACGCAGUCUGUGUGGCAAUCCUUUCGGCAGCCGGCAACGGUUCGAGCGCUGGUCACGAUGUUGGGUCUUAUGUUUUUCCUGCAGAUGUCAGGUGUUAAUACGGUGCUGUUCUACACGACGUCCAUAUUUCAGUCGGCGAACGUAGUCAUCGACCCGGAACUGGCAACAAUCAUCAUUGGCGGAAUGCAAGUGCUCGGGACGUUGGUUUCGACGGUCAUCGUGGACCGUGCUGGUCGCAGAUCAUUGCUCAUGGUGUCCGGCGGCGCCAUGAUGGUCAGUGCGUUAGCGUUCGGCAUCUAUCUACUGCUGUUGGCCUCCGACGGAGAUGUGGCCUUUCAGGUGGCGAAGCUGGGUUGGAUUCCGGUUGCUGCCCUCUGUAUGUAUGUGACACUGUUCUCCGUUGGUUUAGGUCCGGUGCCCUGGCUGAUGCUGGGGGAAAUAUUUGCCUCGGACGUGAAGGGACCGGCUAGUGCCCUGGCAAACAUGACAAGCUUCGGGCUUUCCUUCGUCCUGUCCAGGUUGUUUCCACUGGCGUGGGACAGCAUCGGUGGUGGACCGACAUUCAUCAUUUUUGCUGGCUUCUGCUUCCUGGAAGUGGUGUUUGUGGUUCUCGUCGUGCCGGAAACGAAGGGUAAGUCGCUCGGGGAGGUACAAAUCAUGUUAGCCUCCCGGUGAAGCAAACCUGCAUUGAUGCUCAAUAAAUAUAGUUUUCAAUACCGAA